GGGCGGGGCCUGGGCCGUCCGGCCCACUCCCCUGGGAGCGCGAGCGGUGGGCCCAGGCGGACAUGUCCCGCCCUCGCGUGCGCCUGGUGGUCACCGCGGACGACUUUGGUUAUUGCCCGCGACGCGAUGAGGGCAUCGUGGAGGCCUUUCUGGCCGGGGCCGUGACCAGCGUGUCCCUGCUGGUCAACGGUGCGGCCACGGAGAGCGCGGCGGAGCUGGCCCGCAGGUCCGGCCCGCCGUGGCGCCUCGUCGCUGCUCGGCCCCGAAGGCUUCUUCCUUGGCAAGAUGGGAUUCCGGGAGGCGGUGGCGGCCGGAGACGUGGAUUUGCCUCAGGUGCGGAGCCGCAGCUGCAGGAGGAUGCUCGCGAGGACCCCCAGAGCUCCGCCCGGAGGGUGCGGGAGGAGCUCGAGGCCCAACUAAGCUGCUUCCGGGAGCUGCUAGGCAGGGCCCCCACGCACGUGGACGGCCACCAGCACGUGCACGUUCUCCCAGGCGUGUGCCAGGUGUUCGCGGAGGCGCUGCAGGCCUAUGGGGUGCGCUUUACGCGACUGCCGCUGGAGCGCGGUGUGGGUGGCUGCACUUGGCUGGAGGCCCCCGCGCGCGCCUUCGCCUGCGCCGUGGAGCGCGACGCCCGGGCCGCCGUGGGCCCCUUCUCCCGCCACGGCCUGCGGUGGACAGACGCCUUCGUGGGCCUGAGCACUUGCGGCCGGCACAUGUCCGCUCACCGCGUGUCCGGGGCCCUGGCGCGGGUCCUGGAAGGUACCCUAGCGGGCCACACCCUGACAGCCGAGCUGAUGGUGCACCCCGGCUACCCCAGUGUGCCUCCCACCGGCGGCUGCGGUGAAGGCCCUGACGCUUUCUCUUGCUCUUGGGAGCGGCUGCAUGAGCUGCGCGUGCUCACCGCGCCCAUGCUGCGGACCCGGCUUGCCCAGGAUGGCGUGCAGCUUUGCGCCCUCGACGACCUCGACUCCAAGAGGCCAGGGGAGGAGGUCCCCCGUGAGGCCACUCUGGAACCCUUCCUGGAACCCUCCCUACUCUGACCCGCUACCGACAACCAAGCACUAAUCCCCUUACUACCAAGCAAGGGGAGCCAGGAUUUAGUCCUGGCCCAACCCAGAACCGGUCCCUGGAGCAGGGUCUGUUGACUUCUCUGGGUAGGACACUGCCACGUCUGGGCCCAUGUCCUCAUGGCUCCAAAUGGCAUCUAGAGUUUGAGCAGCCUUCUUGGCUGCAGGCAGGCCCAUCCUGUGGCAGCGGGCCAGAGCAUUUGGUGCCCCUCCAUGCUGCAGUGCAAACACCUUCACCACUGGGGCAGUAGAUGGCUAUAUUAAUAAAAUAACGUGUGUCUUUCAAA